UCGUUUUCACCAGUAUGUGCUGAUGUGUACGUUGAACCUGGUGUAUGGUAUUCGAAAAUUGCAUUUCAAUCUUUUUACCUGUCUUGAGAACCGUGUCCAAGUGGACCAGUGCAACCGAAGAGAGGAGCACCGAGUCUGAGACUUCAUGGCGCCCAAAGGUAAAGUUGGGACCAAAGGCAAGAAACAAAUCCUUGAAGAAAAUGAAGCGACGUUGAAAUUUUAUAUGAGAGUCAUCCUGGGAGCAACCGCAAUAUAUGCAGCUGUUAAUAUUUUUAUAUUCUACAGUUAUUCUACAUUUUGGACAUGGCUGUUCCUGGUGUUUGCUCUGGCCGUGUAUGUGGGCAGCUAUCGCUCCAUGUCAGCAAUGGCAAAGCCGGCCUACUCUGAUGAUGGGAGUCUUUUAGAUGGUGGGAUCGACUUGAACAUGGAACAAGGAAUGGCUGAGCACCUAAAGGAUGUGAUCCUGCUCACUGCCAUUGUGCAAGUGCUCAGCACAAUUUCCUCUUAUUUCUUGUAUCUUUGGCUACUGGCUCCAGCUCGUGCCAUGCACCUGCUUUGGGUGAACAUUUUGGGACCUUGGUUUUCAGCAGAGAGUCCGUCAGCACCAGAAGAAGUGAACGAGAAGAAGCAGAGGCGACAAGAGCGCAGACAAAUGAAGAGAUUCUGAUUCUGCCAAUCCGACAGCAGUAUUUUUACACACAGGAUCUAACAGACCUUCGUACUGAAACUCAUAAGUUAUUCUGCUGGACAUUUUGUUAUGAAACGGAACGCAAAAUCCAAAUCUGAUCAGGUGGAAUCUUGUUUUCCUUGUUUGUUUUCUUGCUGCAUCCUGGAAGAAUUGAAUCUGCUCCAUAAAUUAUGGAAUUAAAAGUUCCCUCUUUAGUCAAUGUCAUGGUUGAAAUUGAAUUUGUCUUCAUGGAGAUUUAUGAAGCCGACAGGGUCACUGGCGGGAUGUGGAUUUACAAGGUCCAAAAUACGUUGCGGUUUGAAGAUGUUCAUGGCUGUUUGGAGAAGCUUCAUGUGGUCUCAGUAUUUCAGCGGUCAUGCAUGCAUCUGGUUGGUGCCGCAUGUGAGUGAGUGGUUGACCUGCUGCUUAUACUGGUCACUUUAGCCAGACACUUCUGACUGGACAUUGCCAACACAUCUGGUGCUGCACCCGUCCUGCUGUCGUAACCCGUGUGGUGCCUGGGUUCACAUUGAUUCAUUGACAUUAGUUUCUUUCUAUAUCGAGUUGUCCUCUGAAUAUGAAGGUGUCAUCAAUGUGUGUUUUCUAAAAUCAGUAUUUUGGAUCAAGCUGAAUUAAAUGCGCCACUUUUACCUUGAAGUAAGUGAAAAAAAAUCAGCCAAUAAAACAAGUGAUAAAACAACAUAUUUACGAUUGCAUUGUCUUAAAAAAAAGUCAAUUUUUCUGGCUGAAAUGUCAUAAGUGAAUUUAUCUUAAAUCAAGAGGGAUGAGAUAUUUUGGCUAGAAAUAUGGUUUUUGCAAUCCAUUUUUGAUAUCAGUUAUCAAAUAAGUUAUUGAGGUAUUCAAAAAAUCGUUCAGAGGUAGAGCUGCAUACAUCCCGGUCACUGUUACGCAGGUGUGUGCCUUUAGUAUCUUGAAACGUUUUGGAGGCUAAAUAACAUUUACUAUGAGAAAGUGCAAGAUUUACGGGAAAAGACAAGGCAGGAGCAGAACAUGCAAUGAAAUAAUAUGCCAUGGUUCAAAGUAGCUUUAAACACAGGCAGAUUAUAUAUGGCUGUGUUUACAAUACAGUGUGUAGUGUGAUUAUAUAGUCCAUAUACUUAUAUGUUUAAUGAAAUCUCUCCUCUCCUGCCUUUAGGUCAUGAUGUUGCACUUGCUGUGGAUAGAUAAAUUGCAGGAAGACGAAAAGAGAUAAGCAAAAACAAGUGGAGUCUAACUGUCUCCAGCAGAAUGUGCCCUUUACAUUUGAGAACCAUUUAGCGUUGCAGAGUCAGACAAAACAGGAAAUUUGGGGGCAUUCAGGCGACAGUUGGGCCUUUGACCCUUGAACUUCAGGGAUGACUGACUUUGAACAGCGCAAAUGGAAUCACAUGCAAUUACAAGACGUGCUGCAUGUGUUUCCGUAAACCAGUCCAAGUCAACGGGAUCUGAGGUGAGGUGCCAAACGCUCGUCUGUCCACUGUAGUCCACAGCGCCGUGGCUCGGGCCACUCUCAUAGUUGGCCGUUAUCAAGGUGAUCAUUCAGUUUGAAUGCGCACAUAUUGAAAAAAAGAGACACAAAGUUGAUCGUUGGCUGAGUACUAUGGUCGUAUUGCCUGUACUUCAACAAGUCAGUGACUAACAGA